AUGAAAGCUUCAGGCAGCCUCGAGGUUCCAAGGAUUCUCCAGAAUAAAUUAGAAAAAAAUCUCUUUUCUUUGAGAAUAGAUAAAACCAAAGACAAAGGAUCUCCAAGCACAGGAUUCUUACCAGAAAACUUCUCAGCAUGCAUGAGUACUACGGAAAUAAACCGGCCGCCAAUUCCCAUGAAGGACGGAAAUCUUUUGGUUGGGUCUUUGCCCAAAAUGUCUUAG